AUGUACGGAGAAGAGCAACAAUUGUCUCCUCUCUCUGGUAUACACGCACGCGAGCUGCUACUUUGCACUCUAUUAUCGCCUCCUUAUAUAUAUCCCGACUUCGGUUCAUUCCUCGCAUUUGCUGCGAAGGACACUUGUUUUUCAAUGGCCGAGUCUACGGAGAUUGACUAUACCCUCAAUAACCCGGAUACUUUGACAAAGUAUAAAACUGCCGCGCAGAUCUCACAUAAAGUCCUCGAGACCGUUACAGGAUGGUGUGUCGAGGGUGCGAAGGUGAUCGAGAUAUGUGAGAAGGGUGAUAAGCUUCUGGACGAGGAAGUUGCCAAGGUCUACAAGGGCAAGAAAGUCCCCAAGGGCAUUUCCCACCCAACCACCGUCUCCCCAAGCUCGUUCGUCACUCCAUAUACCCCAUUGGUGUCGGAUGCGGAGGAGGCUGCCACGACGCUCAAGGCCAAUGAGGUCGUCAAGAUCCAGCUCGGUGCGCAGAUCGACGGGUUUGGCACCAUCGUGUGCGACACCAUUAUUGUGGGCAGUGAUGGAAACGUCACGGGCCGCGAGGCCGAUUUGCUCCUGGCGACAUACUACGCGAACGAAUUGCUCCUGAGACUCAUGAUCCCCCCGGGCCUCCUUGCAAGCGGCUCUGACGAGGAGAAAAAGCAAGCGGCGGCCGCGAAGCCGCCCACGCAAUCUGCCAUUUCGGCGCUUUUGGAGAAAGUUGCUAAGUCGUACGGUUGCACUUUGGUGGAGAACACGACUAGCUGGCUGUUCGAGCAUAAUGAGAUCGAGGGGAAGAAGAAGAUUAUCGUUGCUCCCGGUGCGGGGAUUAAGGGGGAGGGGUCUGUAGAGGUAGGUGAGGCAUGGGGUGUCGAAGUGGGUCUUAGUCUCGGGUCUGGGAAGGUAAAGAAUUUGGAGUGCAGACCUACUCUGCACCGCCGUACCACGACUACGUAUAUCUUGAAGAGGCCGAGCUCGAGACAGACGCUCUCGGAAAUCGUGAGGCGGUUUGGAACAUUCCCGUUCAGUCUUCGCCAGCUAGAGGAUGAGAAGGCUGGGAAGGUCGGUGUUGUUGAGUGUGUUCGCGGUGGGGUGGUUCGACAGUACGAUCCUGCUGGAGAAGCUGAUGGCUCGCCAGUGUCCAGAUUAUUAACCACUGUUGUGAUUACCAAGAAUGGAUUGUCGAGGUUGGCAGCUCCUCCGCCUCUUGACUUGAGCAAGGUCCAGUCGGACAAGAAGAUUACGGACGAAGAGAUUUUGAAGAUCCUCGAGAGGCCACUGGCAAGAUCCACGGGAACGAAGAAGAAUAAGAAGAAGAAGAAGAAGUCUGCGAAGAAGGCUACCGCGGCCGCGGCUGAGGAGGAGGACGAGGAGGAAUCUAGCGAGGAGGAGUAA